AUGAUCUUACUGAACGGAGAGAUCCACUAUGACGUCAACGACGCGCUGGACGCGCAGUUAUCACAUGCAAAACAGGCUAAAAAUGAACAAUCCGAAGAAAAGAAGCAAGAAUCACCAACAGAUAAAAGUGUGAAAGAGACAGUACCAGGUGGUGAGAAAAAAGAUGAAAGUAUUGAAUUGACUGAACCAGAUGAAAAAAUGAAAGAAAAGAAUACUAAAGUAACCGAAGAAGCUACUCCAGUCACUGAAGAAAAAUAUACAGCAAAAAUGAGAAACCUUGCCAAUGUUUCGGAAGAUAAAGUUGAAAAGGAUAUUCUACCCUUCAUACACAGGAAGUUAAAAGAGGAGGAAAGUAUAUUGGCACAAUUAGGGAACAAAAAUAAUAUUGUAUUAGAUGUUCUGGAUUUUGCUGGACAGGGGUCCUAUUAUGCGUCACAUCAAACUUUUAUUCGAGAAGAUGCCAUAUACAUAAUAGUUGUUGAUGCAUCUAGAAGUAUAGUAGAAAGAUUUGGGGAAAAUAAAGAAAGAGGAGCUGCAAAAAAUGAACCCCUUGACUUAUGUAAUACAUCUUUUUCAAAUUGGUGCCAAAAAGAUUACGUUAAGUACUGGUUGAAUACAAUCAAAAUCCAUGGAGGUGGAUGUGAAAAGAUUAUUUUCGUUGGUACACAUAGAAGAACUGACAGUUUAACGACUAAUUUCUCAGAACUAUACCAUGAAUGUGCAAACGACAAAACUUGGCUUCAGACAAAAAUAGAGCUGAGAGAUAUGGACAAAGUGGACAUAGAUCGCCUCGAGCAAAUCAAAACGUAUAUUAGCAAAACUGUUACAACAGCAAAGAGUGAAACACCUUUAAAGAUACCAGCAAAGUGGAUAAGAUAUGGAUACAUCUUGGAGGCUUUAAAAGAUGAUACACCAGUACUCAGUACGACUGAAAUUUUAAAAAUCAUAGACCGUCUUAACUUUGAAAUCGGAGAUAUUGAAAUCGGCGAUAUGCUUGAAUUUUUUCAUCGCCGUGGGAAAAUCCUUUAUUUCAGUGUAGAAAAAUUAAGAGAAAUUGUAAUUUUGAAUGUUCCGUGGUUUGUAAAAUGCUUUAAGCAUAUUGUUUCCCACCCCGAACAUUUGCAAGAAGAUCAUAGGGAAGUCAAAUCAACGGUUGAACGAAAAUGGAAAUGGUAUUUAGAAAAAGGUUUCCUGGAGGAUGAACUCUAUCAAACUUUGAUACGGGAAAAAAACCCAAGUCUAAAUAUGGAACAUCAACGAAUAUUAGGUGAAUAUCAGAAUAAGUUAGGAAUGAUGUUUCACAUAGACAAUUUUGUAAUAGAUAACGAAAACUUAAGUGGUUGGUAUGUGCCAUGUGUGAAUACUGUAAAGUUCAGUCCAAAAGAAAAGCUGAAGACUGACAGCGAGGCGUCCCCAAUUCUAUGUUUUCUAUUUGAACAGUAUCUGCCGUAUGAUCUAUUUGGUAGAUUGAUUGUGAAGUGUUUGAGUACUAAACAUUGGACACCAUAUGGAGGACAUCUGUACAAAACCGGUGCAUAUAUGCGUUAUGGAGCACAGGAAAAAGGAGUGCAGGUGUACCUCUUUACAUCGGAAAAGGUUAUCACUGUUCAAAUCAUCGGACGGAAAGAAGAUUCGACAAAAUAUGGACGCGCAAUCAUUACAGAAUUAGAUUUGAUUUUUGAGCAAUUUUUAAAAACUUUUUAUAAAUCUUUAACAAAACAUAAAAUCGGAUAUUUGUGCAAUAAUAAAAAUGGCUAUGAAAAGAAUUCCCAUGAACAUUGCAUUAUAACAGAAAAAAACAAUGCAUAUUGCAAGUCAUGUGAGAGUGUUUUCGAAACAGAGAUAGAGAAAGCUAAAGAGUUUUGGGGACAAGAUAGUGAAAAGGAGUCUGAAGUGGAAAGCCCAAGAUCAUCAGAAACACAGUUGAUAACUCGAUGUUGUCGUGUGUAUAUGGAAGUUUUAUAUAAAUUCUCCGAUCAUCUUAAACCAGAGAAAAGCACAAACGAAGGUUUUGGAAAUUUCUUCAUAAAUAUGCUAAAAAACCAGAUGCCAUAUGAUUGCUCAUCACAGUGGGAAAUCUUGCCAAACGUAUCCGAACACAAUAUCGAAGCUGACAUGAAAAGACUUGAUAGAUUAAUUGAGGUUGGACAAAGACUGAAGAAAAUGCAAGAAGUCGUUCAUUCAAAAUCGCAAAACAUACAACAUGAAAAAGAAAUUGAGCAUAUAGCAGAGGAUCUAAAAAAGAUAUAUUUGACGCUUAGAGGUGAACAUGAGAAUAUAAGAAGAGAUAUGUUCUUUCUCUGGACAGGUGAUGAAGAUAAAAAUACCUUGGAAAAACUGAAAGAUAUUCCUCUCAUAUCACUCAAGGUAAAUGAUGUUGAAUACGGUACUAAAGUGAUAGUAGAGGCCAGUGUGGAUGUUGACAUUUCUUUUGUCAUGUGGCUAAAAGGUAUUGGGCCGAAUGGACAAUUCAUCAUUUUGGAAGAUACUCCAAACAAGACAGUGAUAAAAAGAACAAGGAAUAUGCUAUCAAUACAGAUACAAAAUUUCUCAGGAGAUGAUGAAGGUUUUUAUCAGCUUGUAGUGGCAUCAGAGAAUGCAGUUGGUAAAGAAGGAUUCAUGCUUUCUACAGAUAAAGACCGACGUAAGAUACGAACAUGUAUUUCUGUUGUGCCGAUUUCCUUUCUAAUUGUUAAUUGCAUAAAUAUGGUUACACCAAUUAAACCAAUGAUAUGAAUAUCUGCAUUACAUUUAAGUUGGUAUGCUACUUGUAGCUUUGUGAGAUUGUUAGAUUAGAUUAAAAAAAAGAUUAGUUUUCACGAUUUAAUUAAGACCUGCCUCCUUUUUGGAGCCUUUACUGUGUUGAGUAUACUUGUCCGCUAUCUUUUUCUCCGAACGCAUCUUAUCCUUGUGCCUCUACAUUAGCCUCUAGCCUCUUCACCGUUCGAAGGUACAUUAUUCCUCAAAAAAUAUUCGCAAAAAAACAACAUGGCGAUUUUUUUAAGUAUCAAAUAAAAACGACAUUCAUGUUAAAAUUCAUCAAUUGUUGAGUUAUUUAUUUAUAGUUAUAUAUCUAAUAUAUUUGUAACAUCUUUAAUGACCUAAAACCUAAUUUGAGGGCGAAUUAAUGUUUUCGUCUGCUUUUUCUUAUCCAUCAAUGUUUUUCGACAUGACACGCAAGUCGAAAGAAAUUAGUGAUGUUAUAAAACUGGGUUUUUUUUAUUUAAAAAGCUUGAAGUUGCCCAUGUAUGAUCGAAAAACAAAAAAGGAGGGAAUGGACAUGCUGCUUCCAAAUGAAAAUUUACAUAUUUAAACUACAACUGACGACUGUGAUAACCCCCCCCCCCUAAAAAAAAUCCAUGUAUAAUCCAUGUAUAGACAAAAAUUUAGCUAUUCUUUCAACAUUUUCUUGCUUCAUAUCUUCACGCCAUGUUCAAAUUUGGAACUUUCUAGAUUGUUCGUCGUAAAUGCACUGAAUUCGAGCUAUCGUACGUGUGCAUUUUGCUACAAUGCUAAAUACAUUUAGGUAACAAAUUCUAUCGUUAAACUGGGUCGGAGGGACAACAUGAUAUCAACGAUAAAAAGGGUUCUGUCUACGUCUGUCCCCAAAAUAUUGCAAGCUUUGUACAUUGUCUGACUUCUUCAC